CUUUUACUAUGCUGAAGAAUAUCUUUACUGCAAAAGACGAGAGCCCAGAGGAGCGGGGACACUGGGCCAGUAAAGUGGAGUUUCUUCUCGCUGUGGCUGGAAAUGUAGUCGGCCUCGGGAAUGUUUGGAGAUUUCCUUAUCUUUGCUACAAAAAUGGAGGAGGUGCAUUUUUGGUGCCUUAUUUGGUGUUUGUGGCAACCUGCGGCGUUCCCCUGUUUCUUCUGGAGACUGCAAUGGGACAGUACACCCAGGAAGGAGGUGUCACCUGCUGGAGGAAGCUCUGCCCUUUGGCUGAAGGUAUUGGUUAUGGAGGCCAGCUGAUUCUUCUGUACAGCUGCAUGACCUACAUCAUCAUCCUCGCCUGGGCUCUGCUUUACCUCAUCUUCUCCUUCAGCUCACAGCUCCCCUGGGCCAGCUGCCAAAACUACUGGAACACGGCUGACUGCUUAGACUUUACAAUCAAAAGAAACACAUCACGGAGCAUCACGUUCACCAAUGACACCUUCUCCUCCUCUGCUGCCACGGAAUUCUGGGAGCGAAGAGUUUUGUCUAUCUCUGGUGGAAUCGAGGAGCUCGGCAGGAUCCGUGUGGAGAUUCUUUUGUGUCUGAUUGCCAUGUGGAUCAUCUGCUACUUCUGCAUUUGGAAAGGGGUCAAGUCGACGGGAAAAGUGGUUUAUGUCACCGCCACGUUCCCGUACGUGAUGUUGCUGAUUUUACUCGUUCGUGGACUGACUUUGCCGGGGGCUGUGGAGGGAGUGGUCUUUUAUCUUCUGCCAGAACCUUCUCGACUCUUGGAUCCUCAGGUCUGGAUGGAGGCGGGCUCUCAGAUCUUCUUCUCCUUCAGUAUCGGUGUGGGGUCUCUGACUGUUCUGGGAAGUUAUAACAAGUACAACAACAACUGCUACAGAGACUGCAUGUGGCUGUGUCUGCUGAACAGUGGCACCAGUGUCCUCGCCGGGUUUGCAGUCUUCUCAGUGCUCGGCUUCAUGGCAAAAGAACAAGGCGUUUCUAUCUCAGAAGUGGCCGAGUCAGGACCGGGGCUGGCCUUUAUCGCGUACCCACAGGCCAUAGCGAUGAUGCCCCUCCCUCAGCUGUGGGCCGUCUGCUUCUUUUUGAUGCUCAUCCUUCUGGGACUGGACACUCAAUUCGUUGCCAUGGAGGUGAUCAUGACGUCCAUCAUAGACAUGUUUCCCGCGGUGAUGCGUCGGCCCAAGCGUCGCGAGCUCUUCCUCCUCCUCUUCUGCCUCACCUGCUUCGUCCUGCAGCUCGUCAUGAUCACUGAGGGAGGGAUGUAUAUCUUCCAGAUGUUUGACUAUUACGCCUGUAACGGAGCCUGCAUCCUCUUCCUCUGUGUGUUUGAAGCUCUGGCUGUUGGAUGGGUCUUCGGUGCAGAGAAGCUGUUUGGGAUCAUAAAGGACAUGACAGGUUCAAGGCCCAGUUUCUACUUUAAAAUCUGCUGGCUCUUUUUCACGCCGGGAGUUUCACUGGUGUCUUUUAUAUGUUCUCUGAUCGAGUACCAGCCUCUGACCUUUAACCGCUGGUAUGUGUACCCCGCCUGGGCGUAUGCUCUGGGCUGGGUGUUCGCGCUCUCCUCCAUCCUGCUGGUGCCUGGAUGGGCCUUGUACCUGAUGACCACUCAGUCUGGGACACUGAAGCAGCGCUUCGUUCGUCUCUGCAAACCCAAUCCCGAGUACUCCCUGACCUCAAAACACGAGACAGAGUUGAACCACACUGAAGACUGUCCCUCCAAGUGAAACAAUGUGAGAUGUUAC